GAACAGUACAGCUGCUUCGAAUACUUGGGAAUUUCAGAAUGACUGACACUUCCGAAGCUGUUAAAAAUUUUGAAGAGAUGUUUGCCAGUAGAUUCACAGAAGAUGACAAAGAAUACCAGGCAUAUCUGAAGCGCCCCCCUGACACCCCUCCCAUUGUUGAGGAGUGGAGUAGCAGAGGAGGUGGGGGCCAGAGGAAUCGAGGCAAUUGGUUGCAAGAUAACAGACAGUUUAGAGAUAGGGACGGCCGACGAGGGUGGCCAAGUGACGGUCGGUCGGAUCAGUGGCGCUGCCGGUCCUGGGGUAACAGUUACCCGCAGCAGAGGCAAGAGCCCUACUACCCCCACCAGUACGGACACUGCGGCUACAACCAGCAGCCUCCCUACGGUUACUACUGAUAGAAAUGUCCGCCGCUUUUAAUAAAAACACCGCUCCAUU